UCUCAACUUUGCCAAAUGUCUCAACUAACUUGGACAAACCAAACAACGGACGGCAGGGAAUUCAUAACUUUCACAACUCCCAAGAACAAAAGGAUAGUUCUCCCACCCCGACAUUAUAUCCUAAUAGCGAUGUUGUUUCAGGAUGUGGAAGACCCAUUACCCCCAACCCUGAUCCAAAUGAUAAGACUCCCUUCACCACCACUCAGCAGUCCCAGAGCCUCUAAUUCAGUUAAGAUCACACUUUCAAGUUCACAGACACAUGAUCAACACAAAAAAACUUUUCAUAUCAUUAACAAACACAUCAAGCAGAAAACUCAGACAGCAAAUCUUCCUUCAGACCAUUGAGAUAUUAAACCUUCAACCAGUGAAACUCAUUUAUCAAGAGCAGUCCAUCACAAACGAUUACGAAGAGAUGGAUUCUCCAGACCGAACUCGCCUACUAACAGCCCACCUCGAAACAAGGCAAGAGAGACAAGCCCUCCUAACAACCAACCCGCUCCCUCCACUUCAAAGGAUGCAGUUUACUCACAUCAUGACACACAUCCGUCCGAGUCAACAUCAACAUCCCCAACAUCCCUCCACCAACAGCAGGAAGAUCCCCAACCUUCACAGCAUUUGACCACGGCGACCACAUCCACUUCAUCUACACCAUCGCCCAAUCCAACAACAGCAACAGAGCUCUUACUAACAUCCUCACCUUCCUUGGAUGUAGCUACCCAGGAAUUGCAGAAGCUCAUACAACAGCACAACCAGUCCGCUUCCUUGACAAAUUCCUGGCGUAUCUCUUUCAUAAAGGUAUCAGAAACUUCUACAAGUAUGGAAGUAAACAAAUGAAAAUCCUCAAACAGAUCACAGCUUGCCUUGCUUCUGAUACCACCGACUCUGCAUCAUUCGAACCCUGUUCGAUCUACACCGAAGAGAAGAAACAAAUCUCAAAAGAAACUAUAAAUACAAGAACAUUCUCUAUUGACUUCAUUUCCGACCUCAUCCAACAACAUCAAAUAACAUCAUUUGAAGACUUCCAACACAAAGUUCCUACGCCUACCAAAAUACAACUACUCAAGCAAAUGGGCUAUGUCAGCCAGAAUAUUAUCAAGACACUAAUCAAAAUCUUUGUCACAGAAAAACAACAACAAAUAAAAUCUAAGCAUUACUUCCAACUCAUCGUAGACAACUACUCUCCUUCCGAUGUCAUUCCAACUAAUGUCACAUGGCUUACAGACCUCUUCAGUUCCAACCAAAUUGACAUAUCUGAUUUCUUCGCGAAAUUCAUCGUUAUACACUCAUUGGCAUUACCGAAAAUAAACAGCCUCGUUAUUAAAGGGUCAGCAAACACUGGCAAAUCUCUACUCCUCCAACUUCUUCUCGAUGACACAAAACCAACCAGAAUCUCUCGCGAAAAAGACAAGUUGAAUUUUCAUCUGGACCAAUUACCCAGUAGCACAUCCAUUGUAUUCGAAGAACCCAUAAUAGAUCAAACCACCAUUGGAACUCUUGAUUCUGCUAGAAUGCUGCACAAUAAAUAUUUGUGCAGCAAACAUUUCCUGGAAAGUGAUUUCACUACAGCUGAAAGGGUAGUGGCAUAUCAAUCAUUGCAGCAAGUCACAACACUGUAGUGGCUACAGGUAAGGACCACUGCAGUCUAUAUUACAAAUUCUGUUAUGAGAGAAGUGGCUAGCGAGAAUAAUGAGAGCUAAUUUUUGAAGUAAUUGUCCCAAGAACCCAGUUGUGAUCAAACAAAUGUCAUUGUCAUCAUUCAUUACUUAUGAAACUGAACAUCAAUAUACAAUUUUAUUAUAAAUCUCAUUUUACUGUCGUUUGUGCAACUUUUUAAGUUUUAAAUUUUAAACUUAAAGUUAAUAAAUCGUUUCACAUAAGACUGUAAAAUAAGAUUUAUAAUAAAAUGGAAGGGUGCAACGGGAUGCUACAAUACAAACUUAUCAAUACACAAGUUAUGUAGGAUAUGUCAGAUGUUUUUAGGAUAAUUAAAAAUGUUUGAAAAGCAGAUCACACUAUCAGUAAUAUGAUUUAUAAGAGAAUAAGGUGGUGACAACUGCUAUGUGGAAUAAUUUAAUGAAAUAUACAAAAUCUUUAUAAUGGCAGUCCCUUUCAAGUAAAGUGUGUUAUUUUCAAAUCUGAAGGAGUCUAUCAUGUAAGGAAGCCCACUAAUUUCCUUUUUAAUGUUCUUUCAAUGGUGUGCUGUGGUGAAUACCUGGCAACAGCUAUUUGGUGAUCACCUUGUCAGCACAUUUGAAGCUAUGUGUUCAUAGUCUGGUUUGAACAAUAAUCCAACUGUGGGACAGUUUGUAGAUGCCCUGAAGACUAACAUCAUCAGUGCACUUGCUAUCAGAGGUCUGUGUGGAACUAGUUGUGAGGAUGAUGGUGCUACUGUUGUGUGUAACCUACAGUCAUUGUUCAGGGCACCCGAUGCUUCUUCACCAAAUCCGUCCACAAGUCGUGGCAAGGAAACCCCUGAUGAAAUUCCUGAGUUUCCAUGUUACUCAACAAGUACAGAAGGACAUGGUUGCUGCAGUACAUGCUGGUGACAGGGAAGUGUUCUCAGUAGCCUAUGUCAGUGGUUCCAUUGCCAGACAGGUGCUUCAUGGUGUCAGCUGUGAUGCACACA